CCCACACUCCCGACUGACACUUCCACAGGCACCGCAAGCCGACUCGGAGCCAUCAACUUCAGCGGAGGCCCCUGCGCCCUGAAACAUUCAGACCGACCUGUCCCUGCACGUCUCCGAGGUCCCUUUGCGCGACGAAGGAAGAUAAGUUGGUGACAUCGCAAUCAAACGGCUGCUUCCUCAGCACGCAUCCAUCACACGCACAAAUCACCCAGAAAACAGCAUCGCAUGUCUUUGCUAUUGCGGCUCUUUGAGUCCGCAUACUUUACACCUCAGCUGGCCGUAUCCUAUUUGGACACAUAUGCGGAGAAUGUUGGCAUCACCUACUACCUGGUUGAUUGGUUGAGGAAGAAGGGUGGCGAUUCGGUGGAUUUUUAUUGGCCGCAGAUCUGCUACUUGCUCAUCACACGACCGUCAGAGUCUCGCGCUCUCGAAUGCUUCGUGCUGCAGCGGUGCGAUGAGUCGGUUCACGUCGCGUUGCUGACACUAUGGCAUUUUCAGGCUGCGCUCUCGGAUCUCAGCGCGACACCUCAAUCCCCAUCCUUCGCCGUGUGCCAGCGCAUCUUCAAUGCUUGUCAGAGAAUCCUAUUCGACGAUCCCCUCUCCUCGGCAUCUCUGGUCGUUACCUCGUCCUCGUCAUCUUCUGCGGUGGGCUCUGGUCGCCGAAGACGGAUGAUUGUGGCAGCGGGGAAACGAGUUGUAGCCAAGGUUCUUCCGAGCAACCCAAAGGCCAGCGCGGUCGGCAUUGGCGCUGUGCUCGCUAGUGUACCUGGCAUGCCCGAGUUGGCUCAUGUCGCGGGCACGAUAGCUAUCGAGCAGGGACGCAGGAGACCGCUGGGCCUGGACAGGGCAGGACUGGAAGGUGAUGCUGGCCCACAAUGCGACUCUUCAGACGAAGCGGAAUUCUCAGAUGUGGAAGAAGCUGAGGAGUCACAACCUGGGGAAAACUCAGCUCCAACGUCAGCGACGAGUACCUCGAAAACUGUAGCGGCUUCAGGGCAGCCCACAGCUGACACAGCCGUCUCGGGACGCCAGCCUGUCGGCCCGGCACGGACAGCCACUGCACCGCCUGCGUCCAGUGCAUCCUCCGGAGGCAUUCUGAAGACGCCAAUUAACGGCAAAGCAUCAUCAUCAAAUCCUUUUGCGACCUUUGCCUCUCGUUUCGAUGCCGGCUUCAACGAGUUCCGUGGCAAGGCAGCCGCUGCUGUUGGAGAUGCGUUGGGACAAACACUAGGGGUCGAGUUUGUCCCUGGACCAACACCAGCAGCUCGAGCGCCAAAACCACCUCCCGCUUGGCAUCCUCAAAGGCGGCCACGACCGUCUCUGCAAAGGCAGGCGUCGCGUUUCCGCUCGGUACCCAAUCUUGCGCCGGAAGCAGGUGAUGGAAGCAUGUCUCCCUUCGCUUCUACCGCCGCGCUGCCAUCUGUCGAAGACAAUCCUCAGUCAGCGGACACGAUCCUCACGCAGUACGACGAAGAAGCGCGGAGACGCUUACUUAGGUCGAAUUACUGCCGCGAGCAGACACAAUUCCUCCUCACGCUCCAAGACAUCUCUGCUAGACUUUUGCUGAUUCCAAAGCCUGCAAGAGUGUCGGCGUUGCGCGCGGAACUAACGCAGCUGAAUCACAGGCUGCCAAGUGAGGUGUGUUUCCCUCUCUGGUGUCGUGCAGAUGUGCAAGAUGGGCGUUUGACCAGUGCCGCAAGUAUCGCCGCAGAGACUGGGGCCGCUGUAGUCGCUCCCGACCACGCACCCGGAGACCGACAUCACCGCGUGGUCCGCAUCAAUCCUUCGGAAGCAGUCGUGCUCAAUUCGGCAGAUCGAGCGCCCUUCUUGCUGCAUGUCGAAAUCCUUCAUGAUGAUCUCGACUUCGACCCGCAGCGCAGACAAAAUCGCGAGAGUCUGAAAAAGCUGGUGCUUCAAGAGGACGCUCGCAGGCGAAAGUUCGCUCUGUCGAGGAGCUUCUCCCAUGCAGACUCUAGCAAGGAAACCAUCGGCAGUCGCAGGGAUACUACGGAAGGCACGGCAAAUUCGUCCAGUCAGCCCACCACGCCGUCGGCGGGACCGCCGGGAACCCCUCAUGUAGAGCCGCGAACACUUGCCCCUGAUGCAGCCAUCACGCGCGGAAAGACUCCGCCGCCGCCGACUCGUGUCAGAACCCCGAUGCCUGAGGACGACGGCGAAGAGAUCGACUUGACCGAACAGGCGUAUGGCUCUGACUUGGCAGCGUUCGGAGAGGUGCGUGAUCCGGAAAGCGAGGAGGAGGAGGACUUGACCACGAUGAAUCGCGUCCACGACACUGCAGCAUGGACCUCAACACCAGACAAGGAGCACAGUGGCAAGGAAAGCAGUACAAAACACGCGACGAGUGGUUCGUCGGGUAAUAACCGCGCCUUUUCUCUCGACGAAUACUCUGAAAGAAUGAAGACAGCGGCUGUCAUGCUGGCGCAGCUCAAUCGCAGCACAAAUGCGGCGGCGCAGCCGAUUGUAGUACACAAUCCUCACGUGAGCGCGACCGCUCAAGGUGGUUGGUCGAGCUGGUUGAUUGGCACCAGUUGGGCCUCCAGCAACUCUUCCGGCAGCCCGAGCGAAGCGGGCCAGGGUAGCGCUGGCAUCAAAGCACCCGUCAACGGUAGUACAGCUCCUGCCGCACCUCGAGCUUCCACUGCAGGCUCCGUGACGGAGGGUCUGCAACAAGCCCUCUCCAUCGGGACUGCCAGCACGGGCACAUCGAAUGCCGCCGCAACUUCUGCCAAGGUGAUGCACACGGAUACAGAAGCUAUUCGACGUCGCAUCAUGCAGGAGAUGAUGGCGCUAGAAGAGGAGCGUAUGGAACGAAUGAAGGUGGCGCCUCGCAACAUGGGUCGCACAGGUCGAGGCAAGCGAGGCGGUGCUGGAAGAGCUGACGAGGACGAAGCGACAGUCAUGCGAGCGGUCAACAAAGAUGACCCGUCCGCUGCGAUAUUUCGGGAGAGUUGGGCGGCGAAAAGGUCCAGAAUCAGAGCGUCUAGUCCGUAUGGCCACUUGGAUUCGUGGGACGUCUUUUCGGUCAUUGUCAAGACUGGUGCCGACUUGCGGCAAGAGCAGCUCGCAGUGCAGCUGAUCGCAGAGUUUGGCAGGAUAUGGAAGGAGACGGGCUCGCGUUGCUGGGUGCGGUACUUUCGCAUUCUCGUCACGAGCGAGAACUCCGGAUUAAUGGAGACCGUCACCGACGCGGUCUCUGUGCACUCUAUCCGCAAAGAAGCUUACACUCGACGCGUCAACGAGGGAAAGCUGGGCAAUUAUUCGCUGUAUGAUCAUUUCGUUGAGACAUUCGGCGACCCGUCUUCCAGCAAGUUCGGCAAAGCGCGUGAACGAUUCAUGGAAUCGCUUGCUGCCUAUUCCAUCAUCUCGUACCUCUUGCAGAUCAAGGAUCGCCACAAUGGAAAUAUUCUCAUCGAUGGCGAAGGCCACGUGAUUCACAUCGAUUUCGGGUUCAUGCUUGGAAUAUCUCCCGGGGGCGUCGGAUUUGAAGCAGCUCCUUUCAAAUUGUCGCAGGAUUACAUCGACAUUAUCGGCGGUUUGGAUUCACCAAAAUUUGUCGAGUUCAAAGCGCUCUUCCAAGCUGGUUUCCGGGAUGUGCGCAAGCAUGCAGAACGUAUCAUUAUGAUGGUGCAGCUCAUGCAGCGAGGCUCCAAAUUGCCCUGCUUCUCCCUGGGAGAGCUCACUGCAUCCAACCUGCGAGAUAGAUUCCAGCUUGCGCUGAGCUCUUCUCAGUGCGAUGCUUUUGCUGAGCGUCUCGUCGAGUCUUCUGCAAACAGCGUGUUUACGCGAUUAUAUGAUACGUACCAAUACCACUCUCAAGGCGUAUUGUAGAAAUUUGCGCCAAGUCACGCAUCACAAUGCACUGCUUUG